AGGGACACCAGUUGAAGCCGAGACCUAGUCAUGCAUUGGGGAGAAUUACUCUCAAUAUUCUGUGCUCUCAUUGUUAAAAGUGCCUCAAAGAAUUGCAUUCACCGCCCUCACAUUCACACGAUAGAGGGGGAGCCUUUUUAUCUGAAGCCCUGUGGCGUAUCGUCAUCCGUGCACAAGAAUGAAACAGCCACUGUACGAUGGUUCAAAGGCAAUGCCACACAUGGAUACAGAGAGCUGAACGCUAAGAGUUCACCCAGAAUUACUUUGCAUAGUCACCAUUUGGAAUUCUGGCCAGUUGAGCUGGAGGACGAGGGAACAUACUUUUCCCAAGUGGGAAAUGAUCAUCAGAAUUGGACCCUGACUGUCAUCAAAAGAGAUGAACACAGCUGCUUUUCUGAAAAACUUGUGAAAAAUAGAAAAGUAGAAGUCAAAAAAUCUUUGCACAUAACGUGUGACAACCCUAACUACAGUGAGCUGACCAACCACACAUCAUUGUACAAGAAUUGUAAGGAAACGGUCAAACCUCCAACGAUCGAGAAGGAUGCCGAGUUUGGAGAUGAGGGUUAUUACUCUUGUGUGUUUUCUCUCCACCAUGACGGGAAGCAGUACAACAUCACCAAGACCAUCAAUAUAACAGUCAUCAAAGGGAGCAGUAAAAUAACUCCAGCUAUUUUGGGACCAAAGUUUGACACUGUUAAAGUAGAACUAGGAAAAGAUGUGGAACUUGACUGCACAGCUUUACUGAAUAAAAAUGAUCUGUUUUAUUGGAGCAUCAGGCAAGAAGACAGCUCAAACCCCAAUGUGCACGAAGACACCAACAAGACAACUUGGACUUCUGAGGGCAAACUGCAUGCUCUUAAAAAGUUGAGAAUUCGGAAUAUUACUGAAAAGAACCUCAACGUUUUGUAUAAUUGCACGGUGACCAACGAGGAAUCCACAGACACCAAAAGCUUCAUAUUGGUGAAAAAAGAGAUGGCUGAUAUCCCGGGCCAUGUCUUUAUGAGAGGGAUAAUUGUGGCUGUUUUCAUCUCGGUGGCAGUAGUGUGUGUGGUGACUUUGUGUGUCAUUUAUAAAGUCGACUUAGUUCUAUUCUACAGACGCUUGGCGGAAAGAGAUGAGACACUGACAGAUGGCAAAACAUAUGAUGCUUUUGUGUCUUACCUGAGAGAGCAUCCUCCAGAAAAUGGAGAAGAGUACACUUUUGCUGUGGAGAUGCUGCCCAGGGUUCUGGAGAAUCAAUUUGGGUAUAAGUUAUGCAUAUUUGAAAGAGAUGUGGUGCCUGGAGGAGCUGUUGUUGACGAGAUCCACUCACUGAUAGAGAAGAGCCGCAGGCUAAUCAUCCUCCUCAGCAAAAGUUACCUGGCUCAUGGAACCAGGCUUGAACUUGAGAGUGGCCUCCACAAGGCGCUGGUGGAGAGGAAGAUUAAAAUCAUCUUAAUCGAGUUUCCCCCAGCCAGCAACCUCACCUUCCUGCCCCCGUCGCUGAAGCUCCUGAAGCCCUACAGAGUUCUCAAAUGGAAGGCUGACAACUCGCUUUCCUAUAACUCGAGGUUCUGGAAGAACCUUGUUUACUUGAUGCCCGCAAAAACCAUCAAGCCAUGGCGAGAAGAAUCCGAGCUCCAUGAAGGGAACUGAGCAGAGCAGAACUGCACCGCCUGUUCACAACAGGGUCUGUCACUCAGAGUACCCAAUUCUGUGACCAACCCUCCAGCUCCCAGUUAGAAGAUUAGAUUUGUCAUUGGGUCACCACAGAGGAAGCAAAACCUGAACUCCCAGAAGACCUUGGGAUUCUCAAGAAAUCCAUCUGUUAUUCUGCCUUCCCUCCCGAGCAGCGGUUCUCAAUCUGUGGGUGGGUCCGCGAACCCUUUAGCAAGCCUCUGUCUUCGAAGAAAUAUAACGGCAGUGGCUAAAUUACAGUUACGAAAUAGCAAUAAAAAUGAUGUGUGGUUGGAGAUCACCACAAGAUGUGGAACUGUAUAUUAGAGGGUCUAAGCUCUAGGAAGGUUGAGGAGCACUGCCCUAGAGCUAUCUGCAUUCUAACCCCACAUUCAGCAAGGGUGGGGCUAAACACACACACAAGCUCACCUACGCCCCAGAGCAAGGCAUUUUCUAUGAGCUCGUCUUUAUUACCUCGUC